UUGAGAAUAAAAAUUCUUGYUGUAUCCAACACAUUGAGUUUGAUUAGAAUCAUUAGCCAAAAAAAUCAAAUGAUUCCGUUGAUACAUUCGAGUAAUGACCCGUUUCACAAUUAGUGAACUGGAUUUAUUGUCAUAACCUAAAUUUUCCGCGGGUUCAUAAAAAAAUCGGAAAGCUCCCUGCCUUUCCCUUUCCAUAAGCCAUUAUUGUAGCGAUGUUUCAUGCCCUGUGCGCACCUGUCGCACGCUCUGAUUCUAAUAGCUUACUCCAGGAAGUGUAGGGGAAAAACUUGAAAGAACAAAUCUAAGCGAAGAACAAUAUUAGUGUUACUGUGUUAGUUGGCUUGUUGAGAGAAUCGUAGUUCAUCACGUGUCGCACCUUAUCCGGUCCGGGCUGCGUAGCACCCUACCUAGCUAGAUAUCGGUGUUAUGGAGAUCGAGCGCCUGGGCACAGACAUGGCUUAUUUUGAGAGGUAGAGAACUUGCCGAUCUCCCUUUCUCUCAUCCCCUAUAGCCUCCGGAAGAGCAACCCCUCCUCCUCCACUUCCACCGCCGCCGCCUCCGGAAGACAUGACUUUCACCGCUGCAACUGAUUGCAGCGGCGAAUCCACCACCGGCCUCUCUCCAUCUUUUAUUAUUGUUUUAUUUUUCUAUUUCUUCUUCUUCCCACAGUUGACGCGCCCUCUGUCACCGCCGAACCAGUUGCUGCCCUCUGACUUCCGCCGAAUCAAUGUGAGUUAGACAAUGUUUUUCACGAGAAGGGCGUUUUUGUCUCACGGACUCGCGAUCAUAGUACAGGGAGGUCUUUGUCGCAAAACAAAGUAAGGGAGUCUUUAUCAUCAUAGACCCAUAAUAUAAGGGGGUCUUUAUAAUUUACCCAAAAAUUAAAUAGCUCAAGUUUUUGUGCCCAGCCCCAGCCCGAGCCCGAAGACUGUAAUGUAAAAUACUGGCUGGGUUGGUUCGGGUUCGGGUUGGGGCGCCCAGUCACACCACCGUCCGCAGUGGUUCUUUUGCAGCCCUAAGUGUAAAAGCCCGCUAAAACCCUCCUCCCCAACGACGUCCAUCAUAUAUAUUCCAAUUUCCAGUUUAAACAGUUACCUGAUUGAUUUCUUCGAGCAUUUGUUCGAGCAUUUGGAGUCCUCGCAAGAAAACCCAGGAUAAAUGAAAAAUACUAAGGCGCUGGUCUUAACAUUCGCAGAAAAAUGCAAGAAUAUAUUAGCUUCUAAUUGGCAAGGUUAUCUUAAUACCAUCAAAACUGACGCCAAAGGAAGCAAAGAGGACAUUUACACUUCAAAGGUUAAGUACUUAUUUAAGAAGGGCAAGCCAUACAUCUGGGUACCAGAAAAUGAUUUGCACAAUGUGAACACUAUAAUCGAUGAACGUGGUUCUCUUGCUGUUACAAGCCCCAUUCCAGGUCCACUUGCAAACUUGAUGAGAUCUGUUAGAAAGUUACCAGCACGGGUUGCUUUGACCGGGGAUGUAGUGCCUCUUAAAGAUGAAAAGGUUGAGUUAGCCACAGAAAGCCUAAGAAAGACAAUAUUGUCAGAACUAGAAGUAGUUAGACAUGCCAGUUAUGCAGUUUCUGGUGUACUGAGUUCUUCCAGUAUAAGUUCUAAAAGUCGAAGUGAAAAUCUUCUGGAAGUACUAGAUGGAGGUGAACCCUACAUGGUUUAUAAGUUCAAUGUAAGAUCAUGCACCUAUAUAGAUGGUAAUGGAGGCACUCAUGAGGUGGAUUUGGAGGAUAUUGAUGCAUCUAAAGCAGAUACAUUAUCACCAUUUUCUGAAAAGCUAAUUGAUGGGAUCAAUCAAAGCCAGGCAAGGCGCAGAGCAUUGAUGCUUUUUUGUUUUGUGUACUUGAAUGUAAAUGCAAGGGAUGCGUUUAUGCUGUCUGUAGACCGGAGAGGAUUUGAUGUGCUGGGUAAGGUUCCUAGUCUGGUGACAAAAGAUGGUUUUGGCGGAUUCCAGUGGAAGGAGCUCCGGUUCACUUUCAAGGACGAGGCACGGGAUAUUGAAACAUUCUGCCGUCUACUUGUUGAAAUGGAAGAGGAAGCUCUGAAGAAUGUUAAAAGUUACAGUGGCCUAGGAUAAGUAUCAACAAUGAUACUGGAUAUCGUUUACAAAUUACAACUCUCUCUCUCUCUCUCGCCGUGUGAAAAAAGAAAAAUGGAUUAUCGAGGAAAACUCUCAACUGGACCAUGGGAUUGGAUUUCCUAAUCCACUUGCCUAGUCCCAAGUGGGGGGGUUUCGUCUCUCCAUGAGAAUGUUCCUAUACUCCAGAAACUUUAUCAUAAUGGGAUUCUAGAUUAUGCAUAUUCCUUA